AUGGAUAUCAGAGGUGGAGCAUCCUUCGUCAAGGUAUCUAAUGAGUUCGGCAUCACCUAUUCUGACCUUGAGCUGCUUGCCGACCUCUUCUACCUUCCAUUCUCCUAUGGGCCCGCAGGCCUUCGCAUUCUUGAACUGGGGCAUUGGUUGCGGGAUAAUGCUUUCUCAGCACCUGGCUCGGCGACUACGCUCACUCGAGAAGUAUGCUUUUCUAAAUUGUAA